GCUGUGGUGUAAUUUGAUUACGGGAAGAGAGGAGUUGGAGAAUGGCACAUGAGGUCAUGGUCAGUAUGUGGGAGCAGCUGGGGAGGGGUUACCAAUAGCAGCGGCCAGGUGAGAAAAGGGACGAAAACCAUCAAAACCCAAGAAACGGAAUCUUAGGUCAUCCGUCCAAAUGUGAAUGUCGCCCAGGAUGGCAACAGUUCAGGAGACUGAGCCCCAGCCCAGAGCCCUGGAUAAUGAGGCGGGGGUGGGGGGGGGGGGGGGGGAGAGCCUCCGGGAGGCCAGGUUUGUAUCCUGUCGAGGAUGAGCAGGCCGCAUCAGGGCGCACAGACUCCUUAGGUUGUGUCGGCUUCUUCCUUUUGCUUGCUUGCUCACCGCUGUCUGUCAUACACUCUGCUCCUUUCAUCAGAUGAUUGCUUAUCCAAAUGGAUUUUCUCCUGUUGACAUUUGCAGAUUUCCCACCGUGGAAAUUAACACAGCAGAAGUAGCCAAGAUGUCUGUGGAUCCAAUGGCCUACGAGGCCCAGUUCUUUGGGUUUACGCCGCAGACGUGCAUGCUUAGGAUCUACAUCGCGUUUCAGGACUACCUGUUCGAGGUGACGCAGGCCGUGGAGCAGGUCAUCCUGAAGAAGAUGGACGGCAUCCCGGGCUGUGAGAUCAGCCCCGUCCAGAUUCGUAAAUGCACGGAGAAGUUUCUUGGCUUCAUGAAAGGACGAUUUGACAGCCUCUUUGGCAAAAUGGAGCAGCUGUUUUUACAGUUGGUUUUGCGUAUCCCGCCAAACGUCUUGCUUCCGGAGGAUAAAGCCCAGGAGAUGCAUCCUUGUGGUGAGAAAGAAUUCCAGCUUCUCCAGAGAGAAAUUGAAGAGUUGCAGGAGAGAUACAAGACUGAAGCACGCGCCCAGCAGGCCCUGCUCGCAGAACUGGAGGAACAGAAAAUUGUUCAGGCCAAACUCAGACAGACACUGGCUUUGUUUGACGAGCUCGAGAAUGCUGGCAGAGAUCAGGGGACUAGUGAUUUUAGGGAGAGCCUGGCGUUCCUGGUCCAGAACUCCAGGAAACUACAGAAUAUUAGGGACAGUGUGGAAAGGGAAGGCAAGAGACUGAAAGUAUCUUAACUUCUAGGCAGUAACAGGACCCGUCAGUAGAGUCACAGAGGAUUUAUGUCAAGGAUGAGUCUCACUCUCGUGAACCAUACAUUUCUCGGCUUUGCUUUGUUCGCGCUCUCUUGUACUCCGCAGCCCCCUCUUUUUUGGCCCGCUCUCCUGAGGUGUCCCCACACCCGCCUGGGCUGAUCUCUGGAGCAUCUGUCCGCCCCUCAGAGACUCUAGUAGGUGGGAAGGGUCCCUGGUUCGGUAACAACUCACCGCGGGGCACGACUGAGGAGGCAGAGCCGGCUUGGCCCGUCAGGGAUGUUUGUGAAUGUUCCACCUUGGUCAUGAGUCCUGUGUAACCUUGAUCCUUUUGACUCACUCUUUGGAUGCGAUCAAGUGAGAAAAGGGUUAAGUGGGUGGCUUCCUUAUUACCCAGCCACUGCCCCUGGAGAGAGCCAGCACAGACUGCCUGCCCGUGUCCACCCCCGUGUCUCACGUGGGGAAGUUAGCCAAGGGACAGAAGCAAGCAGAAAACACACCCGUGAUCUUGAGUAAAGAGGAAAGAAGUUGUUUUUGUUCCUAAAAUAAAUCCUUUCGUGGUCAGGCUUUCGGUGACGGGAAACAGUUUGCUGUCUGGGAGCCCAGCCGUGGAAGACCGUGCGUGGACGAAGAACCGGCCGAUCUCUCCGGAAUAGAGAGGGAAGCCUCGGAUGCAGCCAGGAGCAAGGCUUAUAUGAAAUGACCGCUAGGUGUUCGUAUACUUUUUUCUCAUACUUCAGUUCGUUUUGGAAUCCACGCUGUGCCUAAUAUUUAAUUAUCUUAUUUAUUCACACUCCUAAGCAUCAAAUAUUUAGUUCCCACAGUGGGAAAUUUUAGCUGUGUCUUGUGCUUAAAUUUAGUGGAGUCUAAUACUUUUCUUCUGUAACCCAUGUACAGUGUCCUGUCCCCAGAGAAAGAGGAUAAAUAGUGCUGCUUGCCUGCCACGUCUUCCUAAAGAACAGGGUUUGGAGUUUCUCCUUUAUACGGAAGAGGAACUCAGGGCAUUAAUGUUUGCGAUUAAAUAUUCAUAGAUUAAAGAUGCCUGUGUUUACCUGGAAUAUGUGUAUUAUCAAAGAGUCUUUUCUAGUCCUGUACAUUAAAUGCAUAUAUUUUAAAGGC